CCGCGUCUCACGGUUCCUCCAUGUCUCUCGCUUCAUCUCUUCGUCAAUUACCGAGAAGUCUCCGCACAUCGUCCCGACUCAAUUGCUUCCUUCGUACAGGGCCAAAGCUUGUUGUUCCGCCGCACGCCCGCGCCAUGGCUAGCGGGUCAGGGUAUCCUGUCGCCUCAGCACGGAAAGUUGAAGCCACGGCGCAGCACCUCGCCCCCAAUGGCAUGAAAGUCAACCACUGGGAGACGCCGGGCACGGCGGCGUUCGACUUCCGCAGCGACACUAUCACGACGCCGACGGCCUCGAUGCUGACGGCCAUCGCUGCGACGACACUGUUUGAUGAUGUCUUCCAGGAGGACCCGACCACCAACGGGCUACAGCAGUUCGUGGCAGAGCUUACGGGCAAGCCGGAUGCCCUGCUCGUCAUGAGUGGUACUAUGGGCAACCAGAUUGCCAUCCGCGCGCAUCUGGGUGCCCCGCCGCACUCUGUGCUGUGCGACCACCGCGCGCACAUCAUAGGGUCAGAGGCCGGUGGCGUGGCGUCCCUGUGUGGAGCUAUGGUUCAGGGCGUCGUCCCGUCUAAUGGGAAGUACCUCACGCUGGAGGACGUGAAGAAGGCCGCUGUGCUGGACGAAGACAUUCACUCAUGCCCGACGAAGCUGAUCAGCCUGGAGAACACACUAGGCGGGACCAUCAUGCCGCUGGAGGAGUGCCAGCGCAUUGGAGAGUGGGCCCGCGAACAUGGCAUUAUCAUGCAUCUGGACGGGGCGCGCCUAUGGGAAGCGGCCGCAGCCGGUGCGGGCUCCCUCAAGGAUUACUGCGAUGCGUUCGACAGUGUGCAGCUGUGCUUCAGCAAGGGCCUGGGAGCACCGAUUGGCAGCAUCAUUGUCGGCACCGAAAAGUUUGUGCAGCGUUCGCGCUGGAUUCGCAAGAGCAUUGGUGGUGGUAUUCGUAUGGCCGGUGUCAUCAGCUCGGCUGCACGCACCAGUGUCGAGGAGACAUUCCUAAGCGGCAAGUUGGAGCAGACUCAUCGCAAUGCCAAACGCAUUGCCGGGACUUGGGAGAAGCUUGGUGGCAAGCUGAGCAUGCCCGUUGAGACGAAUAUGGUCUGGUUGGACCUGGAGAAGGCAGGCAUGAGCGCAGAUGAUUUGAUUGUCCGCGCACAAGAGAAAGGUCUAAGGUUAGGGGGUGGUCGGCUGGUGGCGCACUACCAAAUCUGUGAGGAGGCGAUUGGGAGGCUGGAGGAGCUAAUGCGUGAUAUCCUACAAGGAAAGAAGAGGAAGGUGAGUAUGGAGGAGAAGGAUGCGGCAGAAAUCAAGCCCAAACAAAUGAAGCUCGAUAAAGAGUAGGGUUAACGGAAGAAAACUCAAAAUUUGGGGGUGUUAACGAGAUAUGAGUAACGUAAGUCCUCGAUACUUGUAACUGUUCCAUUUUGAUAUUGAGAGAUGUAGAUUGGAACCUACCUAUAGAACAGAAGAAACGAUCAAAUUAGCGCUCAACCUUGCUCAGUUAUCCAGCUAUACAUCAAGCUGUAUCCAUCCGACAAAUUUACCCAUCAACGCGAACAAUGCCAUCCCUUUUUAACACCUUCAUACGGCUAGCGCAACGGCCAAAGACGACGAACCUCCGAAAACUGGCGCAAAAGAAG